AUGGCAAGUCAAGAAUCAAAAUCCGCCAGCGGCAGCGGGCCUACACAGUGUGUCGGCCCGUUGUAUCGGUCGGAAAGUCAGAAGCCCACGGCCACUGUGUCGACCGAGAUUAAGCUAGACAAUGUGGUUGUCCUGUCCCAGACGCCUCAGCUUAUUGCCCUUCUCACCAUCAUCCGAGACAAGAACACGGAGCGCGGCGACUUCAUUUUCUACUCCAAUCGCAUCAUUCGGCUGCUUGUGGAGGAAGGGCUGAACCAUCUGCCAACCGUUGAGCAUGACGUGACAACGCCCAUUGGCCGGACUUAUUCUGGCCUCAUGUUCCAGGGCAAGAUUUGCGGUGUCUCCAUCAUGCGUGCUGGGGAGGCAAUGGAGCAAGGUUUACGCGACUGCUGCCGCUCUGUCAGAAUCGGCAAGAUUUUGAUCCAGCGUGAUGAGGAGACAGCCCAGCCAAAGUUAUUUUACGACAAGUUACCAGAGGAUAUUGCCCAGCGCUGGGUCCUUCUUCUGGAUCCCAUGUUUGCUACUGGCGGAUCGGCCAUCAUGGCAGUCCAGGUUCUCAAGGCGCGCGGUGUUCCUGAGGACCGUAUUUUGUUCCUGAACCUCAUUGCAAGCCCAGAGGGUAUACAGAACUUCACCGCCAAGUUCCCCAAACUGAGAGUUGUCACUGCAUUCGUCGAUCAGGGUUUAGACGAGAAGAACUACAUCAUCCCCGGCCUCGGCGAUUUUGGGGACAGGUUCUACACUGUCUAA